CAACCUGGCCUGAGCUCGUUGUCCUAUCCGAGAUGCUCAAGCUCCUUCUCCAACCCGAGCCUCUCGAGCUCCUUCUUCGACUCGAGCCACCUCGAGCUUGUUCUCCGAUCUGACCUCGAGCUCCUUCUCCGACCUUACCACGAGCUCAUUCUCCUACCCUCCCCCUUUAUAUACUGGCCUCCAUUUCCUCCUCCUCCCUCCUCCUCACUUCUUCAGUGCACACAACUUGUUCGACGAAAUUCCCCAGAGAGAGAGAGAGAGAGCCAUGUAUGUGGUGAAGAGAGACGGGCGCCAGGAGGCGGUCCAUUUCGACAAGAUUACGGCCCGGUUGAAGAAGCUCAGCUAUGGGCUUAGCAUCGAGCAUUGCGACCCGGUUUUGGUGGCCCAGAAGGUCUACGCCGGAGUCUACAAGGGCAUCACCACUAGCCAGCUUGAUGAAUUGGCUGCUGAGACCGCCGCCGCUAUGACCGCCAACCACCCUGACUAUGCCUGCUUGGCGGCAAGGAUUGUUGUUUCAAACCUACACAAGAACACUAAGAAGUCCUUUUCAGAGAUGGUCAAAAUUAUGUACAACCAUGUCAAUGAUAGAUCUGGGCUAGAAGCUCCUCUGAUUGCUGAUGAUGUUUAUGAAAUCAUCAUGAAGAAUGCGGUGUGUUUGGACAGUGAGAUCAUUUACGACCGAGACUUUGACUACGACUACUUUGGUUUCAAGACUCUUGAGAGGUCUUACCUCUUAAAGGUUCAUGGGAAGGUUGUAGAAAGGCCUCAGCACAUGCUAAUGAGGGUUGCUGUUGGAAUACACAAGAAUGAUAUUGAUUCUGUGACAACCAAUUCAUGAUCCCUUUUAUGCAUCCAACACAGUGGCCGCACCACCCUCUGUACAGAUGACCGCAAUGGCCAACUAGCAGCAACAGGCCUUCAUGUAUCAACAACAGCAGAUGAUGAUGAUGGGCCAACAACAACCACAAUCUUUGAAUCCUUUUGGGAAUCCUCAUGGAGCACCUGCGCACCCCUAUGGAGCAGGUAUGCCUGUCCAAGCAUACAAUCCAUACACGGGCCUUUUGUAGAUGGGUAUGUCCAAGGAAACACACACUUAUUCAUAUACGGGAAAGAAAGGAACAUGAGAAAAGUCAGUUUUAGAGGUUAAAGCAUCACAAACUCGGAGGGGCAGGGAUACAGUGACUUCAUUCAAUUUCUGGUUUAGUGACUUCAUUCGAUACUUCCAGUCUUCCAUUUCUGGGUUUUUUGUUUGAACUUCACUGCAUUUGCAGGGAUACAGGGCAGUCUUGCUAUUAAAACUGUGGAACUUCAGGACUCGGGUUGGUUCUGCUAUAUUGGGUUACCUACUCAUAUUCAGAGUUAAUUAUUAAUUACUCUGGCGUUGGUUUUAAUCUUAUACUCUGUUCGUCAGUUUUCUUGUUCUAAAUCUGUUCCUUGUUUUGGCAUUUCAUCAUAUUAAUCUUGCAUUUUGCGGUUAUAAGUGGAUGAUUCAGUUUGUUGUUGGUUUUGAGUUUGGGUUUAUAUGCUACAUAUUCACAAUUCAAACAAAUAGAUUUGAAAUUUUCAUGCUUGCAACUAAGAUGACCUAUGUUUAUGUAGGCACAAG